UGUUAUUUUACACGUCUGUGUUACUGUUAUUGCACAGUCACUAAUGUAAAUAUUGACGUGUGGCAAUGUUUAUAUUAUAGGUGUGAACAUUUUAAUCAUGAUGUCUUGCAGUACAUAUGACCUGUCAGUUAUAUAACUUUUUUUAUUGAUUCUCACGUGAUUCAGUUUUCAAGUACAAGCGGAGGAUCGCGACUGUCGCCGUCAUUUCAUUUUGCUUGUGAGCACGUUAGUGUGUGUGUCUAUGGUCUGUGAAUGCUGAACACAAAACUGUAUGAUUAAGUGUUUUUCUUUAAAAUCGACGGGAAUAAAUUGCUACUUAUCCGGUAAACUAUACUGCCUUGAAUUAAAAUGGCUUCAUCUGGAAAGUGUCUUGGAAAAGGAAGUUCACCUCCAGGUCCGGUGUCUAACGGGAGGAUCCGGCUCUACAGCAUGAGAUUCUGUCCUUUUGCACAGAGAACACGCCUGGUUCUUCAUGCCAAGGGCGUCAAACAUGAUACCGUCAACAUUAAUUUGAAGGACAAACCUGAUUGGUUCCUGAAGAAGAACCCAUUUGGUUUGGUGCCAGUGCUGGAGACUCCAGGUGGUCAGGUGAUCUAUGAAUCACCAAUCACUUGCGACUACCUGGAUGAGGUUUACCCAGAGAAGAAGCUGCUUCCAGCGGAUCCAUUUGAGAAGGCUCAACAGAAGAUGCUGCUGGAGCAUUUUUCCAAGGUCAGCCCAUACUUUUACAGGAUUCCAACGAUGGAAAGAAACGGCGAAGACACUUCAAAGCUGGAAGAAGAGCUGAAGGAGAAGCUCCUUAAUCUGAACGAGACCCUUGCUGGUAGGAAGACUAAGUUCUUUGGGGGAGAUUCCAUCACCAUGAUUGAUUACAUGAUGUGGCCCUGGUUUGAAAGAAUGGAGACCUUUGGACUCAAACACUGCAUGGAUGGAGCCCCGGAGCUGAAGGCUUGGACAGAGCGCAUGCUCCAGGACCCAACAGUCAAGGCCAUCAUGUUUGACACAGAGACACACAAGGCCUUCUACAACUCUUACAAAGAGGGCAAGCCUGACUAUGAUUAUGGCCUGUAGGAAGGAGAGAAUCCCUCCAGGAACUUAAGAGUUUUUCCUUUGGCAAAGUCUGUGGUCAUUUGCCUGAUAUCUCUCUAUGAUUGCUUUGAUUUUUCAUAAAAUGUGGUUUACUAUAGUUAUCUGAUCCAUAUUCUUUAUAUGCCAGAUCAGCUAAACAGGGUGUUUUUGUGUCAAAAAUGUCACCUGUCUUUAGGGACCACCAGUGUUGCUUUGAUUUAGGUAAAUCAGACAACAGAUAAUGCUGGUGUGUUGAUUAGGGUACUAAUGUUCAAAAAAGAUUUUACUGAAUGAGGAUUUGAAUUUUCUUAAUUGAUAAUCAUGGCUUGUAAACUGACUUUUGUAAUAAAGACAAAGACCAUUUUUCACAUA